AUGUCUACCGCCCCACGCACUAUCCUCGUCGUCGGCGCUACAGGCCAACAAGGGGGCUCAGUGCUCGCCGAGCUUUCCCAGCAGCUCUCGAUCGCACCCGAGGCCAAGGUCAAGGUCUUCGCACUAACCCGGACAGCUUCCUCGCCCAAAGCACAGGCCCUGCCGUCCAAGUACCCCUCCCUAGACCUAAGCGUUGUAGAGGGCGACGUCCAGCAUCCCGAGCCCAUAUUCAAGGCUCAUCCAGACAUCGAUACCGUGUUCAGCUACACGACGCCGCCAGACGAGGAACCGCAAGCUACACGCCUUGUCGAUGUAGCGUGUGCGUACGCCACGCCCGAGAAACCAACGCACUUCGUCUUUUCGAGCGUAGAUCGUGGCGGCGAACCAAGGUCGUGGGACACUCCUACUGAUGUCCCGCAUUUUGCGCAGAAGCACAAUGUUGAGCUGCAUCUGCGCACCGUCGCCGAGGGCUCGGAUGGUAGACUGACUUACACGAUAUUGAGGCCUGUCGCUUUCAUGGAUAAUCUGAACCCAGGCGGUACAUUCGGCAUGGUAUUCGCCAGCCUCUGGAGCACCAUGUCCGCGUCGCGCAAGCUGCAACUAGUCAGCGUGCGCGACAUCGGCGUCUUCGCCUGCAAAGCCCUCCUGCAGCGCGCCGACCCGCGUUUCCGCAACCGCGCCGUCGGGCUCGCAGGCGACGAGUUGACGCUCGAGGAGGCGCGUGCCAUAUACGCACGAGUAGCGGGGGGGUCUCCGCUCCCGCAGGCGUGGACGCUGGUCGGGUGGGCGGUGCGCGGGCUGGUGGCGCGCAACGUGGGGUCUAUGUUUCGCUGGUUCGAGACGGAGGGGUAUGGCGUCGAUAUCGACGCCCUGAGGGCUGAGGAACCGCGGGUGCAGAGUUUGGAAACGUGGUUGAGGGAGAGUAGUAAGUUUGAGUUUGCGAGCGGGGAGGAGAGGGAUGGAUGA